AUGUGUGCACAAGCGUGGUCGCGUGGUUUCCGUAUGAUGAACAGGGGGACGGCUUUCGAUGAAGAUGGUGGGAAUAACAAAAAGGGGCGUGAAAAGAAAGGAUUCAAAGUCGAUCGCUUCGAAAGUUUUCAGCGCAGACGUCUCAAGAAAUCAGGCGCUAAGGACGCUCAUAGAAACAGCGGCGGUGGGAAUUCGGGGCGGGUGAGGGCGAUCAAAUUUGACGAAAAUGCGCGCCGCGAGUAUCUUCUCACAAUGCACAAGUGUAAGAACGAACGCCGUGUGAAGGCUUUUGUAGACGCGAGGCAGAAAACGAGGCGCGAGAACGCGAGGGCUCGUCGAGCACAACGCGAGGAGGCGCGACAGGCUUACAACCGCUUUGCUGCCGUCCCUAUCCUGCCGAACUUUACGUAUCAACUGCCGCAAGACGACGGUGACGCGGAGAGCGAGAGCGAGAGCGAGCAUGACACCCGUGAGGAGAAUGACGUGGUCGAUGUCACCGUUAAUAGACGCCAUUCUGCUAUCGCCGCGGGGAAGACGGUUCACGUUAUACCCACAGCCAUGCGUGGAGGAAGUAGUGAAGAGACAACAUCCGACCGCAAAAGCCACCUUGAUGAUGACUUUGUUACAGUGGAAGUGAAGCCGCUUUUUGGCGGGUUGGCGGCUGCGAGCGGCAGUGGCGGCGCCACCACGACUCCGAAGCUUCCGGCCAACGACUUCUCUGAUCUCCCAGCGGUGGUGGAGCAGGAACUUUUGCGGCUCAGGAAGGAGACGAAGGGACCUAGCAAGACAAAACCGCGUCUGCGCAUGUUGAAGGAGCUGGCCAAGAUUCGCAAAAUCAAAAAACACUCUCAAAAGGGACACGGCAAGAAGACGGCAAAAGGCAAGAGGAAAAACCGUCGUUGA